GCUUCCGGCGUCUCUGGCGGCAGAGACUACAACUCCCGGUAUGCCCCACAGGAUCUCGCCGGAAGCGCAUCACGGCGUCCCGGGCCGGGGUGGCCCUGCGACCGGUUGGUGCUGCCGCGGCGGGCGGUGGUGCGCAGUCAUGGCCAUCCUGUUUGCUGUUGUGGCAAGGGGCACCACCAUUCUUGCCAAACAUGCCUGGUGUGGAGGAAACUUCCUGGAGGUGACAGAACAGAUCCUGGCAAAAAUACCAUCUGAAAACAACAAACUGACCUAUUCUCAUGGAAAUUAUCUGUUCCAUUACAUCUGCCAAGACCGGAUUAUAUACCUCUGCAUUACAGAUGACGACUUUGAACGAUCCAGAGCCUUCACCUUCCUGAAUGAAAUCAAGAAGAGGUUCCAGACUACGUAUGGCUCAAGAGCACAGACAGCCCUUCCCUAUGCAAUGAACAGCGAGUUCUCCAGUGUUUUAGCCGCACAGCUGAAAUACCACUCGGAGAGCAAGGGCACUGACCAGGUGGCAGAGACGCAAGCUCAAAUUGAUGAACUUAAAGGAAUCAUGGUUCGAAACAUAGACCUUGUGGCACAAAGAGGAGAGAAGCUGGAGCUGCUGAUCGAUAAAACAGAGAACCUUGUGGAUUCGUCAGUCACUUUCAAAACCACCAGCAGGAACCUUGCUAGAGCCAUGUGUAUGAAGAACCUCAAGCUUACCAUUGUCAUCAUCAUCGCAUCAAUUGUUGUCCUCUACAUCAUUGUAUCGGUCACCUGUGGUGGGCUGGCCUGGCCAAGCUGUGUGCAGAAGUAACGGGAGGCAGCUGGUGCUAGUCACUUGGAGAUGAGAAUCACAGGAGUGUGAAGAAGCAACCUAUGGAAUAACUCUUAACCUUUCACUACUGACACUUUCUCAUCCUUCCAUCCCUCCAGGAUGUCAGACUUCUUUGCCUUAGCACCCAAACGGGCCCAGCUGGUCGCUGCUUCCAUGCAGCUGUGACCUCAAGAAUGGGCUGGUUUCAAUUACUUGAAGGGAUUUAUUUGUUUCUUUUCUUGUCCCAGCUCUGACCUCCUCAGCCGGGUGGGGGGCGCGCCCCGCACCGCAGGGCUCUGGGCGUGCUCGCCCGUGUGGCUUUGCACUCCCCUAUGAAUGUACACAUGGAGAACGGUGGAGCAAGUGUCCUACACAAGCGGGUGCGGACGGGAGGUUGGGGGGGGCUGAGCUGAGCGUGUGGGAACAGACAAGGCAGAGGGGGUGCAUUCCUACAAGCCCUGGAGCUCCAGGUGCUUCUCCCUGCACAUCUGGCCUCAUGUGGUUCCGUAGCGUUUCAACCCAGAGAGAUUGCAAUUGUAAUAUUAGUAGGCGUAAAAGAAAACAGCUUUUGGGCUGGGCUCUGGGCGCUGACAGCUGGAGGUGCUGCUCCUGUACGGAAGCUCCCUCUUCCUGGUGGCUGUUCUGCAGGUGUUGGGUCACCUCAGCAUUUUGACACUGCUGCCUCUUCAUCCUCGCUUCUUCCUCAUCUCCCCCAUUGCUGUGUGGCUGACUCAAUCCAUAAAGGAGAUGGUUGCAUAGAGUUCAGGUUGCAGUCCUGUAUCUGCUUUCUCACACAUUCUUUUUCCUGCUCUUUUGAGGGUGGACUCAAAUCAAUCCUAACAUUAUCACUCGCAGAGGUGAAAUAGGGGGGCAGUGCUUUGAUCGGGCGUGAUAAGGGGGCAGGGGCUGCUGCUUGGGCUCCUACUUGGAAGGCUGAGGAGAGAAGGGGCAGAAGGCUGGAGGGGGUGGAAGCAGAAAGGCAUUUGCAGAGGAUGCAGGAACCUGUGCUCCUUUGGAAGUGGAAAAUAGAAAACCAAAGCCAAGCCCAAGGCUGCUGACCAAAUGUAGGAGCAGGUGCCAGAGCACAGGGCCUGCUCUCCCUGCCGCUGCACGCAGGCAACGCUGCUGUUCUGCCCCAGCCAGACAUCGGACUCCUCAGGCCUGACCUGGCCAACCAGAGCCAAAGCCGCUGUUGCCUGGGGUGAUGCUGUAGGGCCUCGGCCUUGCGUCCUGCAGGCUCACUGCCCAGAGAAAAGAGAGAAACAACAGCCACCUCACGCGGUUUCAGCUGCUCUGCAGAGGAAGAUGCACCUUUUUGACCCAGGGAGGUGGCUCUGAUGGGUGGAAGCUGUCGAGGUGUGGGGAGGGUUCAUUUGGCUGAACUGGAGCACAAGGAUGGUGCCAGGGGUUCCCUGCACCACGGGGAACUGCGCUCCAUCCCUGUGUUCGUGGGUUAUGUUACCGUGCCCUUGGAGCAGCCUGCAGGUUCUGCUCUGACCUUGUCUGCUUCUUCAGAUUUGUCUUCUACAAGGCUGAAACAGAACUAAGGGUCAUCAGCCCACGAGAGCCAGACAGUGGUGGUGGCUCAGGGCAGGGCCGUGCCCACCAACAUCUCUUUCUACUUGUGUUAAUCGAAUGUAAAGCUUAAAGAGAGAUUUCUUUCCUCUCCCCUCCUCCUUGUGCAGCCACCCCAGCUCAGCGUAUGCCUGUGCAUGUGUAGGGAUCGUUGAUGUUACCGUGUGCAUUUCUAUGAUUUCUUGUCUUAUGUACAAAUACUUUUUAAAGAAAAUCCUUUCUUCCCUUUUACAGGAUGCACUGAGGCAUUAGCGUAAAAUCAGUUAACGUGAUUCAAAUAAAUUCCUGU